AUGCCAGGACAGCUACCCUCUCCGUGGGGACAGCUUGGCAAGUGUAUAGGAACUGUCCGCUUUGUGGGGAAAAAGAACAAUAGUAAUGUGCUCGGGAUGAUGCCGCUGUCAUUGAAGUUCCAAUCAAAAGAGAACACAAUCACGACCAACUUACUAUUCUGGAUCACUACACUACAAUUCAUUGCAGUUUUUCUUUCGCAAAUUGGCGCUCUAUACAUAAGGGUUUACCAUUCUACCAAUAAGCUGACUAUGGCGUUUAAGGAAAAUAUGGAUCUUUUCAAUUACUACACACUGGUUCUACCAGUAUUAUCGACAGUCUACUUAAUGAAAGCCAAACGAAGGCGCAUCAAGGAUAUCAAAGAUAAUGUAAAUAUAAAAACGAUUGGAAAAGAUGGCUGGAUCAACUACUCCUCUGUCAUCCAGAAACAAUGGAAGUGA